AUGAACCGCUACGGUGCUCGUCGUCUUGCCCUCGUCCCUUUCCGAUCGACCGCAAGCAGAUCCCGCUCUAUCCAUGCCACGACGUCCGUAUUAAAAAAGCAUGCAGAGCUACAUUUCUGGGACAAGUUGCCCGGUGAGGGUCAAGAACCGGUAAAAGGUGUUGAAAAGCUUCUCGGUCCUUUGAGAGCUGAUCGAUUCGCAAAGUCCAUGUUCCCCAUAACCACAACUCCCAAAGAUGUUUUUGACGUUGCCAUAGUGGGAGGAGGCAUUGUAGGCUUAGCCACUGCUCGUGAAAUUCUUCAACGCUAUCCAGAAAAAACGGUCGUUGUGCUUGAAAAGGAAGACCAAGUAGCUGCUCACCAGACGGGCCAUAAUUCUGGAGUAAUUCACGCCGGAUUAUAUUAUAUCCCUGGAUCCCGUAUGGCCCACACGUGUGUUCGCGGUGCUGAGCUCAUGUAUAAAUACUGCGAUGAGAACAACCUUCCAGUCGAACGCUGUGGUAAGCUGGUUGUGGCAUGUAACGAAGAUGAACAUGCUCAGGUGGAAAAGCUAUACAAACAAGGUACUGCCAAUGGCGUACAAGGGCUUGAAAUUAUAUACAGGGAUCAAAUCAAAGCGAUGGAGCCCAAUGUCGAAGCCUACAGUGCAUUGCAUUCGCCCAACACGGGUAUCGUAAAUUAUUGGCUUGUUAGUCAGUGUUUGGCGGAAGAAAUCCGACAAUCAGGUCGUGGCGACAUCAAGCUCUCAUUCGAAGCACUGAAAAUAGACAAGGAUGAUGAUAAGCGGCAAGUGCUGAUCAAAGGCCGAGAACCUGGUCAAAAUGGACCGAAUCUCUAUGUUCUAGCUAAAAAUGUCAUUACCUGCGGCGGUUUCUAUUCGGAUCGCUUGGCAAAACUUACAGGAGGUAACCCGAAGGAGCACCGAGUCGUUACGUUCCGCGGUACAUACUAUCAAUUGAAAUCUGAAUAUCGAGCGAUUGUGUCUCGUAAUAUUUAUCCUGUACCAAGUGGAGGCGGUAUUCCAGUUGGCGUGCACUUUACCCCUACUGUGGAUGUUCGAAGAGGACACCAAAUGAUUGUUGGUCCAGGUGCAUGCAUCACGUUCUCACGAGAGGGCUACAAAUUCUUUGAUUUUAAGCUAAAGGAUGUGCUUGACUUUGCAACCAACAUGGCAUUAUGGGCAUUCGUCCUUCAGAAUUUCUCACUGUCCUUGGGCGAGCUCUACAGAGAUCUCAGCAAGCGUGCCUUCCUAAAGAGCGGACAGCGAUAUAUCCCAAGUCUCACGGCUGAUAUGGUCGAGCCAAGCUUUACUGGCGUAAUGUCACAGGUGUUCGAGCCUGGAGGUGGAGCAGCAGGCGAUUAUAUCCUUGAACGCAACUGUUUAGAUGGUCUCGCACUUAAUCUUAGAAACGCACCAUCUCCUGCAGCAACAGGAUCCCUGGCUAUUGGUGAAUUGAUGGCUGACGCAGCUGCUGAAGAUUUUGAAUGGGACAAAAAACAAUAA